AUGCGUCCACCGAUAAGGUUCGAUCCUGCGACAACAGCACCUCUUGAUCAGACGAGGGAUCUGCCGACUAAGCUAGAUCCUGCGACAACAGCACCUCUUGAUCAGACGAGCGCUCUACCGACUAAGCUAGAUCCUGCGACAACAGCACCUCUUGAUCAGACGAGCGCUCUACCGACUAAGCUAGAUCCUGCGACAACAGCACCUCUUGAUCAGACGAGCGCUCUACUGACUAAGCUAGAUACUGCGACAACAGCAUCUCUUGAUCAGCUAGAUCCUGUGAAAACAGCACCUCUUGAUCAGACGAGCGCUCUACUGACUAAGCUACAUCCUGCGACAACAGCAGCUCUUGAUCAGACGAGCGCUCUACCGACUAAGCUAGAUCCUGCGACAACAGCACCUCUUGAUCAGACGAGUGCUCUACGGACUAAGCUAGAUCCUGCGACAACAGCACCUCUUGAUCAGACGAGCGCUCUACCGACUAAGCUAGAUCCUGCGACAACAGCACCUCUUGAUCAGACGAGCGCUCUACCGACUAAGCUAGAUCCUGCGACAACAGCACCUCUUGAUCAGCUAGAUCCUGUGACAACAGCACCUCUUGAUCAGACGAGCGCUCUACCGACUAAGCUAGAUCCUGCGACAACAGCACCUCUUGAUCAGACGAGUGCUCUACCGACUAAGCUAGAUCCUGCGACAACAGCACCUCUUGAUCAGCUAGAUCCUGUGAAAACAGCACCUCUUGAUCAGACGAGCGCUCUACUGACUAAGCUAGAUCCUGUGACAACAGCAUCUCUUGAUCAGAGACUAAGCUACAUCCUGACAACAGCAUCUCUUGAUCAGACGAGUGCUCUACUGACUAAGCUAGAUCCUGUGACAACAGCACCUCUUGAUCUGCUUACCGAUCAGACGAGCACCUCUGAUCAGACGAGUGCUCUACUGACUAAGCUAGAUCCUGCGACAACAGCACCUCUUGAUCAGACGAGUGCUCUACUGACUAAGCUAGAUCCUGUGACAACAGCACCUCAUGAUCAGACGAGCGCUCUACCGACUAAGCUAGAUCCUGCGACAACGGCACCUCUUGAUCAGACGAGUGCUCUACUGACUAAGCUAGAUCCUGCGACAACAGCAUCUCUUGAUCAGACUAGCGCUCUACCGACUAAGCUAGAUCCUGCCCCCACAGAUAAAAGUUAA